UCCACCAAAUUCCACAAACCAGCAACUUGUUCUUGUACUCUAAACUAAAACCUCACUAAAAUCUCACCCCAUUUCUCUCUCCUUCGUCACCCUUCAAACGCUCUUUUCCUUCCACAAUCCGCACUGCAACAGCCUAACCGGAUAAGAACCCAGGCGACUCUGUACCGGAAAAGUAAGCGUCCCUCUUUCCCCAAGUAAUUAUCCUUCAAAUUGUUCAAUUAAUUUUGUAGGGAAUUUCAAUUUCAUUAGCAGCAAUAGAAUACGAAUACACUUUUCAUUUCUGUGUAAAAUUAUGUGUUAAAUCAAUAUAUAACAUAUAAUUAAGGGGUAAUUAUGGAUGUAAUGAUACCUGCUAAGCAAACCCAUGAAGGGUUUUGCUCAUUUCAUUGUAUUCAAAGCAAUAAUGGUGCAAGAACUAGAAUUGGUACUAGGGUUUCAGCUAAUUUUAGCUCCGAAAAGGGGUUUUUAGCGUCUAAGAUAAGCUAUAUUGAAUUAUCAGUUGAUUUCCCUGAUUUGAAGAAGGAUAGGGUGUGUAGGAAACAGGAGAAAAAGAAAAACUUGGUUUAUGCUGUUUCUAAGGAUGAACCUUUAGCUAUUAAUGGUAGAGUUUUCCACAAUGAGAGAAACUCUGGUAGGCGAUUCGAGGAUGAUAGUUCAUCUUGGGCUUCUGCUGGUCCGACUUAUGAUGAAUUUGAGAGCAAUAAUUAUCUUCGCCGAUUGGUUAGGAAUGGGGAGCUUGAUGAAGCUUUUAAGUAUCUUGAAAGUAUGGUUUAUAGAGGUGAUAUCCCUGAUAUUAUCCCCUGUACCAGUUUGAUUCGCGGGUUUUGUAGGAUGGGUAAAACAAGGAAGUCUACUAGGGUUUUGGAAAUUCUUGAGGAAUCAGGAGCUGUACCUGAUGUAAUAACUUACAAUGUUCUGAUUAGUGGGUAUUGCAAAGCCGGGGAAAUGGAUAACGCACUUAAACUUCUCGAUAGAAUGAGUGUUGCUCCGGAUGUUGUGACCUAUAACACGAUUUUGCGUAGUUUGUGUGAUAGUGGGAAGUUAAAACAGGCAAUGAGGGUUCUUGGUAGGCAAAUGGAAAGAGAAUGUUACCCCGAUGUGAUCACGUAUACAAUUUUGAUUGAAGCAACUUGUAAAGAAAGUGGGGUUGUUCAAGCAAUGAAGCUUCUUGAUGAAAUGAGAAGCAAAGGUUGUACCCCCGAUGUGGUUACUUAUAAUGUUCUUAUAAAUGGGAUUUGCAAAGAAGGGAGAUUAGAUGAGGCGAUUGAUUUCUUGAAUAGUAUGCGGUCACUUGGUUGCCAACCAAAUGUAAUAACACAUAAUAUUAUUUUAAGAAGCAUGUGUAGCACCGGAAGGUGGAUGGAUGCCGAGAAAUUAUUGUCUGAUAUGCUCGGGAAAGGCUGUUCUCCUAGCGUUGUUACCUUCAAUAUACUGAUCAACUUCUUAUGUAGAAAGGGUUUAUUGGGUAGGGCAAUUGACAUGUUGGAGAAGAUGCCAAAACAUGGAUGUACCCCUAAUUCGUUAAGCUACAACCCUUUACUCCAUGCAUUUUGCAAAGAAAAGAAGAUGGAUAGGGCACUUGAAUACCUUGGUAUUAUGGUUUCUCGUGGGUGUUACCCCGAUAUAGUUACCUACAACACACUCCUUACAGCUUUAUGCAAAGCUGGGAAUGUUGAUGUUGCUUUGGAGUUACUGAAUCAAUUAAGUAGUAAGGGUUUGACACCUGUUCUGAUUACCUACAACACAGUAAUCGACGGGCUCUCUAAAUCUGGGAAAACAGAACAUGCUUUAAAGCUUAUGAGCGAGAUGCAGAAGAAGGGUUUACAACCAGAUAUUAUUACAUAUUCUUCAGUUGUUUCAGGGCUUAGUAGAGAGGGAAAAGUUGAAAAAUCAAUUAAAUUUUUCCAUGAGAUAGAAGGAUUAGGAGUUCAACCGAAUGCAAUUAUCUAUAACUCUAUUAUGUUGGGACUUUGUAAGGCUCGAGAUACUGCUCGUGCUAUUGACUUCUUGGGUUAUAUGGUAUCUAAAGGUUGCAAACCUACUGAAGCUACAUACACCAUUUUAGUUGAAGGUAUUGCAUAUGAAGGUUUAUCUAAGGAGGCUUUGGAGUUGCUGAAUGAGUUGUGUGCUAGAGGAUUUGUGAAGAAAAGUUCAGCGGAACAAGUAGCUGUGAAGAUGUAAGCUCAAGAUAUAUAGGCUAGUAAGCUAUGUUCUUGCUUUCUGCUCAAAAAUCAGUUUUUAGUUCGUUGUUACUUGUUACAGCUCUGUUUCUUUCAUUGCUUAGCUUAGUAAUGUCAGAAUUCAAUUUUGUUUGUGGUCAAGAAUCUUUCUGUGAUAGUUUAGUAUCAGUAUGUUUAUUGAACUGAUCUCUUUAUCUCCCUGUUAUAAACUCGUAAUCAGUUCUUUAAGAAAAUAGUUUAAGAGUUUCCCGUAA